AUGUUAUCAGUAGAACAGCUCAUGGACAUUGAGAAGUAUAUUGCCAUCAACUCGUACCCUCUUUUCCAAACCAUGCCGUGUGAUUCUUCAAUUCUUGAUUUCCUAUCUAUAGGCAUCAGCUCAUCUGUUGAUGUCUUAUUGAUUUAUCCCUCAAAAGUUCAAGGAGUCGUGAUGUUUAGUAGAAAACCCUUUGGGGUUGUGUUCCCACAUGCGCACCUCUCUCAAACGGUCGGUGUGGAAGCCUCAUUUUCUUUCCGAGCACUGGCGUCCCCACGGAACUUGGUCGAUACUCAGCAGAUUCUCUAUCGUGGGAUCCUUUCAUCUCCAUCCGAACAAUUUUUUAACCAUGUCACACGCAAUAUGGCGGGCCCACUGGAACCUGGACUUCGAGAAGACCUCCGUCAAAUUUUCAAUCCAGUGUGGUAG